UUGGAACAGAACUUGGAACUAUCAGAGUUCAAUAAACAAGUUCUUGGUGUAUUGCCGAAGCUUACAUGCAGCUUAUACUUUGAUGUGACAUUUUCUAGCUCUUGUGGCUUAGAGAAGACCUUUGAAACUGCACUGUUUGGUUUUCUUGGUGUCCCUCUACGCCAUGGCUGGUUGGUAGAUCCCCAGGAUGCUGAGUUGGACUCCUCGAUAUGUGGAAGCUCCUACUCCAAACUUUCGUAUAAUCUUGCUAUCUAUGAAUCAAUUCGACCCCAAGACAAAUUCAGGGCCUCAAAAGCAUGGUCGAUAUGAAGAUGAUAUGUUCUAUACAGCGCUUGCAUUCUCUAAAACUGGAUCAGAAAAAGAACUUGAUUCUACUUCUUGUAAAUCUCGACAACACAAGUGUUCAAUUUUUCUGCACAAAACUAUAUUUGCAAGUUCCCGAUACUUCGUUUCUUUGUUCACUAUUUUUAGGUGCAACAAUCUCAACAUUUUUGCAGGGCCCUCAGCUAACCCGAUAUGGAUUCUCUUCCUUACAUAAUGACCUCAGAGCGUUACAACCUACUGUCCUGAUCUGGAAUGAAAACUUAAUUACAAUAUCUAAGUUUGAAGACAAAAUAUAUGUGUUGCUGAACGAUUUGUCCUUGUUGAGAACUGAAACCGAUGCUGUGUGGGAAAGGUUAACGCAGGUAUGUUAGUUGAUCUUUUAAUGUUGAAUGUAACUAUAAUAUGCUAGCUGUUUUUCUUUUGCAUGGUUAAUUAGGCAAAUAGUAAACAGGGGGAAACUAAUACACUGGUUCUACAUAUCCGACGUUGUCGGGUAUGUUUGUCGGACAACAGUUUCUUGCGCAUGGUCUCGUUGGACAUGCCCGACACUGACCUAGCCGACGCCAUCGGGCUUUCUGGCGGGUAACAGUUUGCUGCACAAAGUCCUGUUGGGCAUGACCGGACGUCGGUCAAGCUUGUCGGCACCAGUUUGCGGCACACCUCCUUUUGUCGGACAUGCUAGUUGAUUUUUUAUGUUGCAUGUGACUAUAAUAUGCUAAUAGGAGUGGCACCAAUUGAGGAGAAGCUUAUGCAACAUCGUUUGAGAUGGUUUGGACAUAUCCAACGAAGAUCUGAAGAGGCACCAGUGCAUAUCGGAAUAAUUAGGCGUCCCGAGAAUGUGAAGAGAGGUAGAGGUCGACCAACCUUGACGUGGACAGAGGCUGUGAAGAGGGACCUGAAGGAGUGGAAUAUUGAUAAAGAGCUCGCCGUGGAUAGGAAGGGGUGGAAGUGUGCAAUUCAUGUGCCAGAACCUUGAUUUAUAGUUUCGCUUUUCCUCUUUAAUCGUUUGACCUUUUCUUGUGCCCAUUUAGAUCUUGCUGGUUCUUGUGGGUUUUAUCUCUUUUAUGUGUUUCCCCGUUUCGUCGUUUUUCGGUUCUCCUUUGCCUUUGUUUCCCCUUUUUUCUCUUUGGGGGUUGAGCUCUGAGGUUUUCAUACGGGGUUUCAUCUCUAGCCCACCCCAACGUGCUUGGGACAAAAAGGCUUUGUUGUUGUUGUUGUUGUUGUUUAUUAGGCAAAUGGUGAUGGAGUUUUUGUUGAUUGUAACUUUGUGCCUACAGAUUCUAAGAUUCAAUCAGUACUGCCACUGACGAAAACUGAAAGAAAGAAAAGGAUAAAAGAGAAGAUGGAUCUGAAGAAGAAAGAGAAGGAUAGUAACAAGGACAAAGAUGAUGAGGAUACCAAGGAUAAAGAUGAUGGGAAAGAAGAGGAUAGUAACGAGGACAGAGAUGAUGAGGAGACCGAGGAGAAAGAUGAUGGGAAUGUUGCCCCUCAAACCUAUUUCUUGCAGGGCAGGCAUAUCAACUUGAAUGUUAGGCCUAUCAAUUUUCUUGGACUAUCUACCCAUGUUAUCCACCAGAUAAAUGAUGGCCCAUGCGCCCUUAUUGCAGUCUGGGGACAUCUCUUUUGAACCACAUGAAACUGUGGUGUCAAUGGAGUAUCUACUUGGCCUUGUCCUCGCUCUUCUUGGAGGAAGUGUGAAAAUGCAGGACUAUUCUGAUGAAAGAAAAAGUCAGAUAUUGAAUGUGGUGAAGAGUCUGGCCGGAGGGUUUGAUAUGGAUGUUAUCUUCACCAGAACGGAUGGUUUUACAAUGACUCCAGAGUGGUUGCUUCUGGAUUGCUUAGAUCUCAACCUUCGACAUGGUUGGAUUGCUGCUAGGGAUUUGUUGACCGGACCCGAAGUAUCAUUUGAAAGUCUUACGUUGGCUUCUAAUGAACCUGGAUUUCCACAUGCGGAGGAGAUCAAGAAUUUUCUAAGGGGACCUCAACUUACUCCCAUUGGCUUGGUUUCGCUGCAAGAGGACUUUGUUGAGAAUGUUCCGUGCAUUCUGUUCUGGAACAAGCAUUACCAUACUAUAGUUAUGGUGAAAACUCAACUUUUGUUGUAUUUUAUUACUUUAGAAGAUAUGUUAGUUGCCUUCUAUUUUUCCUUUUUGACCCGUUUUGAUCUUAUGCAGAUCAAUGGAGUAUUAAAUUCUCUAGUCACUGAUUCUAAUUAUUUAGAAACUCGUGUAGUUUGGCAGACGCUUGACGGGGUAUGCUAUUCUGUAUUUUUCAUAAUUUCUUUGUGUGAUUGUGAACUUAUGGUCAUUCUUAGCUUUGGCUUGUCAGGUCAAUGGUGAUGGAGUAUAUUUGGACAGCAACUUCACACCAAUUUAUAUGGGGCUAGAUGCAGCUGCUUCUAUAUAUUUAAUGUGGCCCAAAAUAAAUUAAUUUUCUGUAUCUACAAUGCUUUGUUAUUAUGGUAUGAUUUUUUUCUUUUUCAUUUCUAUUUCUAUAUGUGAUAUAUUUAUGUUGUAGAUGUAGUCAAAUACAAUUUACUCUCCACAUAUACAUUUUUUUAAAGCGCAGGAGAGCUGCGUUUCAUUGAAAUUAGAGAGAAAUAGGUGGGUCCCCUACAUGAUCAUCACUCAUAUGGGGACCAGAACAUGAGUAAGGUAGCUACACACAAGUUGGAGCAGAUACAUGACUGAAACAAAAACACACACAACCUAGAGGCUUAGCUUGCUGAUGAAGAAAGCACAAGAUUAAGCUCUUGUAACCUCUUAGCACUUGCCAAACCCCAAAGACUAAGAUCAUCCUUGAUGGCACCUAGAAUUGUGUUAAUAGAAGGAGAAACUCCUUUCAAAACAUAGUCAUUUCGAUGCUUCCAGAUAGACCAAACAACAAGAAUGCUGAGGGAAUUUAUUCCUUUUUUCUGCCGCUUCCUUACUCUUUUCAUUAUUCUGCACCACCAGUCAGCAAAGCUACGUUCAUUUUGCUGAGGCACUGAAUCUGUGAGCUGCAGCAAGUUUAGCAAGAUAAACCAUACUUGUCUUACCGUCAGACAAGAUAUUAGAAGAUGUUGUGCUGUUUCCUCUUCUUGAUCACAUAGUGGACAUUUGUCCGGAUGAUCGGGCCCUCUCUUAGCGAGUCUGUCACCUGUCCAGCAUCUGUUUUUUCAUAGCCAACCAUAGAAACAUUUUGCAUUUAGAAGGUGCCCAAAUCUUACAGAGUUGGUGUCAAGGCUCCUCUCCCCAUAUACAUGAAAUUUAAUCUUCCAUGGAAGUCAUAUUGUUUUUGUUCUUGUUUGAAAAUUCAUUUUACAUUGAAAAAUAUUAGUGUUAUUACAAUUAAUGGUAGCAAUAAACACAACAACAACCAAGUGUGUCAGUCCCAAGAAAGUUGGAGUAGGCUAGAGUUGAAACACAACAAACACCCGCAGUCAAGGUUCUGGCACAUCGAUAGCCGUUUUCCAAGCACUCUUAUUCAGACACAGAUCUCUAGGUAUAUCUCAUUCUUUCACAUCUCUUUUUAUUGCUUCCCCUCAUGUCAACUUCGGUGUUCCUCUGCCUCAACUCACAUUAUUAUCUUGACUUAGAACUCCACAAUGGUAGCAAUAACCAUAUUGAGGAUUAAAUUGUGUGCUUCUCACUUCAGGGUUCUUACUUGUUCCUGAAACAAGUACCUCGUGAGCAUCUACCUCAUUCAUGAAGCCAAAUUCUAAAGGGAUUACACCACAUGAUGACGGAUUAUAUUCAGACUGCAGGCUGACACAAUUGUGUUCAGGACCCGAUGCAGCUCUUUUGGUAUGCUUAGCAUAAACCAUAAAAUGGACCUUGCUUUGUUACAAUUUUUUUUACUGGUUUGCGAAAUCAAAUAUAUCUGUAAUUGCAAUGACUUUGUGUCUCAUUUUGUACUAUGUUACCCUUCACAUUUGAUUUAUAAUAGGUCUUCCUUUUUUAUAUUUCUAUAUCUACCGGUAAUAUCUGAAUGCUUUAUACAUACUAUUAAUACAUGAAAUCUUAUCUUUCUUGUAAGUAAUGUUGCGUUUUGUUUAAAAAGUGACAUCUUACAUUGAAGAAAAUUAGUGUACAAUCAGUUGUGGCAAUAAGCAAUGCAUGUUGUCCUCAUUGUUGUAUUAUGCGAACUGCGAAGACUGAAAUUGUGUUUAUUUUUCAGAGAGAUGGUUAUGGUUCUCACUUUAUUCCUACAGAAGAGGAUACAUCGCAUGAGAAGUCUGUGCCUGGUCCUCAAUUUAUUCAUGAAACAUGAGAAACAUCAUUUGAGGAUUUUUUUCAGGUACCUGGCAAUGAGUUCUCUGAAGCUAAAACUAUAUUUGUUGAUGGUACUUCCUUAGAGAUUGCUGAUACCACAAAGAUAGGAAGAGUUUUUUGACUGGAUCUAUUGCAAGAAAUGAUUUUUUCUCAUAACACGGGAUUAAGUUGGAAUGGACAGUUUGACAUUAGUACAAUAGUUGUCAUUGAUGGGGUCCGUGCUGAAAUCCGCGCACCCUAUUGUGACAAGUUCUCUGAAAAGGCAAAAUUCAAUGACUACUCCAGUUACAUUCACAAUAUUAUUGAGCUAUAUAGAAUAAAAUGGGUUGGUCUGCCGGCAUUUUUUACCCACUUGGCCUAUAAGUUGUCAGAACCUCCCUGCAGACCUUUAUUGUGUAGCCCACAACAACUUGAGGGCUACCGACGUCGACUUCAUGGAUUCUGGGAUUGUGUAUUGAGUACCCUGACGCUGAGGUCCUCAUUGGCUAGAGCUGGAUUAUAUUCUGAAAUUCAUAGGAUACGCCGCUUGGCACCAUCGGAUGUGAGAUGCUUUGAAAUCAGUACUGUCAAGUACUCGUCUUAAAUGUGAUUGGAGAGAGUCAAUUUCACAACAUGGACAUCCAGUCCUCAAAAAGGUUUUAAGGCACAUCCCUGUUGAAGAUAAAAUCAACAAAAAGGUUCAGGAGAAUGAAGGCGCAUGCGCACGAGAGUAUGGGUUGUAAAAACCUGAUGCUGGUAGCUUGUCUAUUUUUGCAAGACAAAUAAGCGAACAUGGAAAGCAAAA